CGAUAUGACGAAGAGACAAUACAUGAGUGGAAGGCUGCUCUCGAACAAGUAUCGUUUCUAGACGGAUGGGACCUGCAUAGCAUGCCCAACAGGCGAGAAGGUGAGUUCGCAAGAAAACUUACCCAGAAGGUUUUCAAUAAGUUGAAAAAGGCUUUUCUGGUGGUAUCAGAUUGCUUGGUCAAUGUCGACAACCAUGUGGAUGCAAUCAUGGAAAUGAUAGGUGCUCGGACAAGUGAAACACGGAUUAUAGGAAUCCACGGGAUGGGUGGCAUCGGAAAAACGACUAUUGCCAAAAUUAUCUACAAUAAGCUUUCACACGACUUUGAGAAUUGUUGCUUUCUUUGCGAUAUUCGAGAAAGGUCAGAAACUAAUGGCAUUCGAUGCUUGCAGAAUCAGCUCAUCUCUGACAUCCUCGAAAGGGAAUGCAUUGAUAUAAAAGAUAUUGAUGGAGGGAUACAGACAAUUAAAGACAGGUUGUCUAAUAAAAGAGUCCUCCUCCUCCUUGAUGAUGUGGAUAAAGGGAAUCAUAUUGAUGCACUUGUAGGUAAGUGUGAUUGGUUAGGAAGAGGGAGCAAAAUUAUUAUUACUACAAGAAACAAAGAUAUUCUUGGUUUUCCCGAAGUGGACCUUAGGUAUGAGCUUAGCGGCAUGGAUCAUGAUCAAUCUCUUCAACUAUUCAGCAGACAUGCCUUCAGAACAGAUUAUCCUUCGUAUGUGUACAUCGACCAAUCCAAGAGAGCGAUAGAAAUUGCUAGAGGUCUUCCGCUAGCUCUUGAGGUCAUAGGAUCACUUUUAUGUCGCACUAAAAAGGAGAAGUGGGAUCUCACAUUGAAGAAGUUGGAAAAUGUUCCACAUGCAGUAAUUCAGAGUGAGUUGAAAAUAAGCUAUGAUGCAUUAGAUGUUCAGCAACAACAUAUAUUCCUCGAUAUCGCUUGUCUUUUUAUUGGAUAUGACAAAGAUAUUCUGGCCCAUUUUUGGGAUGAAUCUAAUUUUUUUAUGGAAGAUGCCAUGGAAGUUUUGCAGAACAUGUCUUUGAUUAAGAUUACAGAGGAUAAUAAAGUGUGGAUGCACGACCAAGUCAGAGACUUCGGAAGAGAAAUGGUUCGUGAAGAAAGUAACAUGAAAAUAAAGAAGCAAAGUAGGGUGUGGGAUCAUAAGGAAGGAUUGGAUUUGCUGAGGAAAUAUAAGGGAAACAAAGAAGUUGAAGCUCUUCGUCUCAAGUUUGACCAUGAGAGGCACUACUUUUUUACCUGUGAGGGCUUUAUGGGACUAUCAAAUCUAAGGUUUCUUGAAGUUGACGGUUCGCUGGAAAACUUUCAUGCAGAAAAGAGGCUUCUUUGGGACGAAUUGCCAUCAAAUGUUCUUCCAAUUAAUGAGAAUUCAGAUCUCCUUCCACGAUUACGAUGGCUUUCUUGGCAUAAAAUUCCCCCAACAUUUAAUAUUACAAAUUUUUCCAUGGAGGAUGUGGUCAUUCUUGAUCUAUCCGAGAGUGAAAUUACGCAUGAUUGGGAGGGGUGGAGCCACAUGAAGGUGAUAAAGAAUUUGAAAGUUCUGAAUCUAUCAAGAUGUGAGAAUCUUCAGAGUUUGCCAGAUGAGCUGGGUAGAGGACUUGCAAGCCUUGAGUACCUGUGUCUAAAUUACUGCAAAUCGUUGAUGAGGCUUCCAGAUUCAAUUGGAAAUUUGGAAUCACUGAUUGAGUUGCAUAUGUCCCACACAUCGUUCAAAGAACUACCUCAUUCCAUCGGAAAUCUGAAGAAUUUAAAAGUAGUGAAUAUGUGGGGUUGCAGAAUAAGCGAAACACCCAAGGCCCUUUGGACAAUUGGGAAGCUUGAGGAAGUAGAAGGCUUAUUUUUUCCUGAAAGCCAUGUGAAAAUUGGCAAUUGCAUCUACAAGAAUCAAUGCCUGAGGAUCUUGAGAUUGAAUGUUGCGCAUGUAUACGCGCUUCCGAGGCUUCCUGAAAGCCUUGUCACUCUAGAUUUGGAGUGGUUGGACAUGGACAGGUUACCGGAUCUUUCAAACCUCGCUAAUUUGAAGGAAUUGCAUCUGAGCUUUGACCCACCACCUGGUUAUGAUUGGAAAUCUGAUGGGCUUGUGGAAUAUCCGAUACCACCUUGGAUUGAGAACUUAACCAAACUGGAGUCUCUGCAUCUGAAAUGUCAUUUUAUGACCACCUCACCAACAGAUCUUAGCCUACCUCCUCAACUCAAGUCACUUUAUCUCCGGUGCUCUAAUUUGCGUCGUCUCCCGAGGCUUCCCUCAAGAUUAACCUCCUUGAAUUUGGAUGAGUGCUACUCACUUUGCUCAAUCGAGGAUCUUUCGAAUUUGAAGAAUCUGUCAUAUCUCUCGAUUUGGUCCACUGCAAUUAUGGAGAUUCAAGGCCUUGGUUGUUUGGAGAACCUACAAGAUUUGCGGCUUUGUAGCCUUGGACACGUAAAGAUACUACCUGUUCUAAGCAAUUUAAACAAACUAAGACGUCUUCAAGUAGCCUACUGUGGUAAUCUGGUUGAGAUUCGAGGCAAACUACCGGAGUCUUUGGAAAUAUUGGAGAUUGAUACUUGUGAAUCUUUACGGAAGUUGCCUGAUCUAUCAAGAUUGAUGGAGCUGCGAGAGGUUUGCAUAGGUGAAUGUGGCAGUCUGAUUGAGAUUCAAUGCGAACUACCAAAGUCUUUGGAAAAAUUGGAGAUUUAUUUCUGCAAAUCUUUACAGAAGUUGCCUGAUCUGUCAAGCUUGAUGGGGCUGCGAGAGGUUUGCAUAGGUGAAUGUGGUAAUCUUGUUGAGAUCCAAGGUGAAUUACCAGAGUCUUUGGAAGAAUUGAAGAUUUCUUUCUGUGAAUCAUUACAGAAGUUGCCUAAUAUGUCAAGCCUGAUGGGGCUGCGAGAGUUUUGCGUAGGUGAAUGUGGUAGUCUGGUUGAGAUUCAAGGCGAACUACCACAAUCAUUGGAAAAUUUGGAGAUUCGAUCUUGUAAAUCUUUACAGAAGUUGCCUGAUCUGUCGGGCUUGCUGGGGCUGCGAGAGGUUUGCAUAGAAAAAUGUGGUAAUUUGGUUGAGAUUCAAGGUGAAUUACCACAAUCUUUGGAAGAAUUGAAGAUUUCUUUUUGUAAAUCUUUACAGAAGUUGCCUAAUCUGUCAAGCUUGAAGGAACUGCGAAGGGUUGAAAUAGAUCGUUGCAGGAAAUUGAACAUGGAGGCAAUUUCUUCGCUUUGCUUGGAGAAGUCAGUUGAAUUUGUGGGAGAAGAUGCCAAAUCUGAAUCUGAACAGGAGGGAGAAGACGAGGAAUCUGAAUCUGAGGGAGAAGAUGCCAAACCUGAAACUGAAUAUGAGGGAGAAGACGACAAAUGUGACAGAGAAGACUCGAACCUGAAGCUGAGGGAGGAUACGUAAUCUUAAUCUGAAUAUGAGGGAGAAGAUAAGGAAUAA